GUAAAGAGAGCUCAAGGUUGCACUUAUCGAAGCAGCUUAAUGAAACAGCUUCAUCAACACGAUCAUCUCGCACGCAUCGUAACUUUCCCACCACAAAACUCAAGAUGCGGUAUUCGAUUGUUGGAUCGCUAUUAUGCUGCGCUACUGCAGUGCAAGCAUUCAAAGACACAUCACCUUUCCUUUUAUUCUCAUCGUCAGAAUUACCUUCUUCGAUGGAAAUUGAGAGACAAGAAUUAGAUACCACCUCAUCAGUCCUUCAGAAUGCAAAAAGUUUCCUCUCUACCUGCCCCUCUGAUGUCUACAUUAUUAUUCAACAAGACGCUCUCGCCGCCUCUGAUUUCUCGGUCCCAGAAUCCGUUCCUCACAUCAAGGCCGCUAUUGCUGAUUCGAGAGUUCGGGCUACUUACAGCGUUGCGGAUGUCAUGCACGAAGAUGGAAAUCUGGCUGGGGAAAUAGCAGAAUAUAUUGAGAAGGCAUGCGGUCAGAAAGUCGAACGACGAGUUGUUGGUCAUGAAUCUACCAACGGGACUGGAAACGGUGUCAUUGUAUCACAAUUCGAUGCAUUAUCGACUGAGACGGAAGCAAGAGCUGAGGAAUUUAAUGAUAUAGAUUACAUGCUCAACAAUGUUUACUACCAACAUCUCCCCAAUGGUCCAGAAUAUACCGUCAUCUUUACCACUACGCCUGUAGGCUCUGUCCUCGAACAACACAACUCUGAAUUGCCAGUUUAUAACGCGGAGUUUGACUCAACUUCCCAUAUCGAUUUGAAGCGAGAUUUCAGAAUCAGAGCAGACAAUUCAACCAAAGAACUAGAUCGCAGACCACUAUUUGAGAAAUAUCAAUAUUUCACUCCUGGUAUUUUCAUGGGUUUGGUUGUUGGUAUUCUCUUUCUUAGUAUCUUGUAUGUGGGUUUGAGUGCAGUAUCCAGUCUCCAAGUUUCUUAUGGAGCAUUUGAUAAGGAGAUGGGACCAUCUGCGCAAAAGAAACAACAGUAAUUUAUGGGGUGAAGGUAUGAGAGAGAGGAAAGAUUGAUUGUGGAAAGGAAAGGGAAGGAUUGGCAUUGGAGUUUUUGUGAAGUAAAGCUAGUGUAUGAUUUUGUAUGUAUAAAGUAUGCAUGGGUAUUCAAUAAAUGGUAUGGGAUUUUUAAACUUGGUCUUUUCCAUUUUUCUUGUGGUGCAUGUGGAGUGAGGAAUACUGAGAAUUUGAAGUUUUUGCAUUGUCUUGGUUGGUUGUUGGUUGGUUGGUUGAUUGCUUUCUCUUUCUUUUUGUACAUGGAGAUGGAAAUUCUAUGUGUCUA